AUGGCCCCGAUGGAGCCGGCCAAGGCGGGUGCGGCCCUCGCCAGGGAGACGCUCGAGGAGGCCGUCUCCGGGCUUGGGGAGAAGGAGCUGCAGGAGAUGGGCGUGAGGCUGACCAGGAGCGCCGCGGGCAUGGAGGAGAUGCUCGAAGAGCUCGAGGUGGAGCGGCGAGACCUCAAGGAGGAGAACGCGUAUCUGAACGAGACAAUCUCCCUCUUUAUGAAGGAGAUGCAGAAGCUCAAUAUCGGCAAGGACAACACCGUGGAUCCCACGCUGGUGGACAGCGCGCCCCUUGCCUUCGUCGGGCGCUUCUGGGAGAAGGUAAAGCCCCGGGACACCGCUUACGCGAUCAACGAGCACGUCGGCGAGAUAAAAAAGCCGGAGCCGGGCCAGCAGGCCACACCGACGCCGCAGGAGGUCGCGAGGCAGGUGGGCCAGAGCACCGUUCAGAACCUGCGCGGUGCUUUUGGUCCCCUCUGGCAGAGGGCGGAGACCUUGGUCAAGGACACCCACGAGAAGGUGCAGGCGAACCUGCAGGAGCGGGCCGCGGCCAGGGAGGCGGAGCUGGCGAAGCAGCGCUCGGCUGCCAAGGGCUCGAAGGAGCCCAGAGCGUCCAAGAAGCGAGCUCCCAAGCAGCCCGCCGCCGAGG